AGAAGGAGCAGGGGGCUGUCCUUACUUGCUCUUCAGUGUGAGGACUGUAUGUGGGAGGAGGCACAAGGAGAGGGAGAGCAGGAGAAAGAAGAGGACAAGAAAGCAGAAAGCAGUAUGUUUGGUGUGUGAGGAGAUAAAUAUACAUCUGAAAGUGUUUUGCAUAGUUGCAGGAAGUCUCUCCUCCGGACACCUCUCCUCUAACUCCUGUGCUGCACAACUUGGGCUGAGGGACCAUGCAGCGGGGGCGGACUCUUCCCUGGGUCGCUGCUCUCCUGCUGGGGCUGAUGGGGCUCCUGGUGUGCGGCUCAGACUUCCAGCAUCACUGCUACGAGGACAUGGUGCGAGCCCUGUUUGCAGUGCAGAGCGAAUGCCCCUACAUCACCCGCAUUUACAGCAUCGGGCGCAGCGUAGAAGGGCGCCACCUUUACGUGCUGGAGUUCAGUGAUAACCCGGGCAUCCAUGAAGCAUUGGAGCCAGAGUUCAAGUACGUGGGCAACAUGCACGGCAACGAAGUGCUCGGCCGUGAACUGCUCAUUAAGUUAUCCCAGUUUAUGUGCGAGGAGUAUCGGGCCGGAAACCAGCGGAUCAUGAGGCUGAUCCACGACACACGCAUCCACAUCCUGCCCUCCAUGAACCCGGAUGGCUACGAGACGGCUGCCAAACAGGGUCCAGAGUACAACGGCUACCUGGUGGGUCGAGGGAACGCCAAAGAAAUGGAUCUGAACCGGAACUUUCCAGACCUGAACGCACUCGUGUACUACUACGAGAAGACAAACGGGCGAAACCACCACCUGCCCCUGCCGGACAACUGGGAGCAACAGGUUGAACCAGAGACUAUGGCGGUCAUAAAAUGGAUGCAGAACUACAAUUUUAUCCUGUCAGCCAACCUCCACGGAGGAGCCGUGGUCGCCAAUUACCCGUUCGACAAGUCGAGAGACGCUCGCAUUCGGGGGAGGACCACGUACGCGGCCACUCCGGACGACAAGAUCUUCAGAAAGUUGGCGAGGACCUACUCGUACGCUCACAGCUGGAUGCACAAGGGUUGGAACUGUGGGGACUUCUUCGAUGAGGGCAUCACCAACGGGGCCAGCUGGUACUCUCUGUCCAAAGGCAUGCAGGACUUCAACUACUUGUACACCAACUGUUUUGAGAUCACCCUGGAGCUGAGCUGUGACAAGUUUCCUCCCGCAUCAGCACUGCCCAGAGAAUGGCUGGGCAACCGAGAAGCACUGGUUUCAUACCUUGAACAGGUGCAUCAUGGGAUAAAAGGCAUGGUGUAUGAUGAAAACAACAACCCAAUAGGCAACGCUGAGGUCUCGGUGGCUGGCGUCAACCACGAUGUGACCAGCGGAGUGGAUGGCGACUAUUUCAGACUUCUGUUGCCAGGCACCUACACUGUGACAGCAUCAGCCCCAGGUUACGUCUCGUCCACCAGCACUGUCACAGUGGGACCAGCGGAGGCCAUACAGCUUCAUUUUUACUUGAAAACGGCACCAAAACUAAACCUGAAAGUGAAACCCCACAAUGGCAAGAAGAACCUCUCAUCUUCCAAGUCCCCCUUAAAUCUCGGCCCCAGAUGAGACAUGGACAAUAGCACACAAAGAUAUAUACACAUAUACUGAAAAUCCCACAUAACACAUUAUAUAUAUAUAUAUGUAAUUUUACCUUUGUAGUCCUUUGUAUUUCAAACCUUUGUGUUUUUGUUUGUUUUUGUGUGUGUCUGUAUUAAGAACAUGUGUUUUUGUAUUUAUGUAACAGUGUUGAUUUGUAUGAACACAGCUAUCCUGUAUUUGUAAAGGACUUUUUGGAUUUUGAUUACUAUAAUUUGAUGAAAAUUGAAAGUGAAAAUAAAAUGUUUUUGCUGUCAUCA